AUGAAUCGCCAGGAAAAUAACGACAUUAAGAAGGACAAAAAUCUGAUUCUGGCUUGCACUGGAAGUGUAGCCACAAUAAAAUUACCUGUACUAAUUGAAAAACUGCAAACACUUGAUUCGGAAUUUAAUUUUAAUAUUAAAGUAGUAGUUACAAAACAUGCCAAACAUUUUGUUGAUACCUCAUUGUUGCCCCAAAAUGUAGAAAUGUUGGACGAUACUAGCGAGUGGGAAGCUUGGAAUAGGAGAGGUGAUCCUGUUGUACAUAUUGACUUGGGAAAAUGGGCCGAUUUAAUGGUAAUAGCACCACUUAGUGCCAAUUCUUUGGCUAAAAUGGCAGUUGGGCUGUGUGAUAAUCUUUUAAUGUGCGUCGUGCGAGCCUGGGAUUUUGACAAAAAAUUACUUUUCUGCCCUGCCAUGAAUACUCGCAUGUAUGAUCACCCAGUGACUGCAGAGCACAUUGCCAAGUUAAAGUCUUGGGGCUACCUUGAGGUUCCAACAAUAGCUAAAACUCUAAUGUGUGGUGAUACCGGCAAUGGUGCUAUGGCCGAGGUGGAUACCAUUGUUGAGCAUAUAUUAAAUAACUUACGCGUGUAAUAAAUUAUGUUUUAAUAAAUCAAUAUUUUAAGGAGCAA